GGGGGGUUUGGGCUCUGGCUGGUGUCGGUGAAUCCGCAGUGAUUUGCUUCGCUGGAGUUUCCGUGCACGGGCUGCACUAGCGCUACCUGCUCCGCCGUUGCACGGGGUCUGUGGACGAGGUCCCUUCCAGCGCAAGGCUUUAUUUGGUCGCUGAAAGGAGGAAUUAUCCCCGUGGCCAAAAGAUGUGCCCUACUUUGGAUAUUCCUGCAUUGAAUGUCUGAGGAGCUCCAGCCGAUCCUGAGCCAUGUCGCAGAUGUUGCACAUAGAGAUUCCCAACUUUGGGAACACCGUUCUGGGCUGCCUGAACGAGCAGCGGCUGCUGGGGCUGUACUGCGAUGUCUCCAUCGUGGUGAAGGGCCAAGCCUUCAAGGCGCACCGGGCGGUCCUGGCCGCCAGCAGCCUCUACUUCCGAGACUUGUUCAGUGGGAACAGCAAAAACGCCUUUGAGCUGCCGGGUACCGUCCCCCCGGCUUGCUUCCAGCAGAUCCUCUCCUUCUGCUACACCGGGAAGCUGACCAUGGCGGCGAGCGAGCAGCUGGUGGUGAUGUACACGGCGGGCUUCCUGCAGAUCCAGCACAUCGUGGAGAAAGGGACGGACUUGAUGUUCAAGGUCAGCUCUCCCCACUGUGACUCUCAGACCACCAUGAUCGAAGACCCCAGCUCGGAGCCGCAGAGCCCCUGCAACCAGCUGCAGUCGGCCUCGGCGCCCUAUGUCAUGUCCCCCUCCAUGCCCAUCCCGCUCCUCACGCGCGUCAAACACGAGAACCUCGAGCUGCAGGCAGCUGCCCUGCCCGGCCUGCCUGGCAAGCGGCCCCUCGAGCCCGGCGCCCGGGAGGGGGCAGGCGGCGGCGGCCCCAACGCCGGUCCCCUGAAGCUCUCCCGCGUCUCCUACUACGGGAUGCCCAACCUGGCCACCCUCAUCCCCAACGUCCAGCAGGUCCAGUACUCGCAAGGGGAGCGGACGAGCCCCGGCGCCAGCAGCAUUCCCACCACCGACAGCCCCACCUCCUACCACAACGAGGAGGACGAGGAGGACGACGAGGCGUACGACACCAUGGUGGAGGAGCAGUACGGGCAGAUGUACAUCAAAUCCUCGGGAGGCUACUCUGUUGCUCAAGAGAAGCCAGAGCAGAUCCCACUGGAGAACCGCUCCUGCGUCCUCAUACGACGGGAUCUCGUUGCGCUCCCGGCCAGUCUUAUCAGUCAAAUCGGAUACCGUUGUCACCCAAAACUCUACUCGGAGGGAGAUCCUGGAGAAAAACUUGAGCUCGUUGCAGGCUCAGGUGUUUACAUCACCCGGGGGCAGCUGAUGAAUUGCCACUUAUGUGCCGGUGUCAAACACAAGGUCCUUCUGAGACGUCUUCUGGCCACCUUCUUUGAUCGGAACACGCUCGCCAACAGCUGCGGAACUGGAAUCCGGUCCUCCACGAGCGAUCCCAGCAGGAAGCCCCUGGACAGCAGGGUUCUUAAUGCAGUCAAAUUGUAUUGUCAGAAUUUUGCCCCGAGCUUUAAGGAAAGCGAGAUGAAUGUUAUAGCAGCCGAUAUGUGCACCAACGCCCGCCGGGUCCGCAAACGCUGGCUGCCGAAGAUUAAGUCCAUGCUGCCGGAAGGGAUGGAGAUGUACCGCACGGUCAUGGGCUCCACCACAAACAGUGUCCCCCUGGAUCCUGAAUUCCAGCCCAACACUGCUCAGGUGUUUGAGCAGCGAAUCUAUGCAGAAAGGAGGAGCGAUUCAGGAACUAUAGUAGCCUUGAGAACUAACACAGUGAACGUAGAGCUAAGCAAUGGUUCCAACCAGUCCUUCGAACAGAGCGAGGAUGCCGAAGGGGCUGGCUCUGUGAUACAGGAGGCAGCUGCCACAGAUGCUAUGGCAUCGGAUACCCAAAGCACUCCGCAACCUUUCGAACAAGGUUCAGGCUCCUCCAGCCGGCCCGAAACUCCCGUGAGAAGACAAGAUGGUACUUACGGAGGGACUUUAUAAAGAGAGCAAACGUUUCGUGACCUAUAAGGGAUCUGUAAUACUAAAGCUGCUUGCAUGCAUUACUAAUACAAAACAAAAAAAUGUGAUCAAGCCACUUACCUACUGAACUGCUACUGUUGCCUGAAAAAAAUGUGAUUUUUAUUCUGCUUGUAUUUAAAAUUUAUGAAGGAAAUAAUCGCAUUCGUUAUACUGUAAAUGACUAGGUCUGUGGCGACCUACUUAAAAAAAAAAUAUUGGGCUCCUUUUUUGAUAUUCCUGAGGUUAGUCUAUAAGAUUGUAGCUUUUUUCUUUUUUUUUUUUCCUUUUUUUUUUUUUCCUUUUAAGAAGGGGAGGAGAAAAGCUAGCCACCCCCCCAACCACCACCACGCCCCGUCAUCACCACCCCAUCCAUUACUCAGCUCAGAAGUAAAGCCAUCGUUAACCUUGUCCUCUAAAGAAAGUUUUACCGUCACUUAACAGGAAAGCAAGGUGUGUUAGGGUACAAGUGCUGUGACUGGCGAUGUUUGUCUCUAGCAGAAGGGCUCUAGCCAAGUGGGGCAGGGUGGGGGAGAUCGUUAAAGGCUUCUGGCGUCGGAGGGAGCCCCUUGCCGCGGGUGCUGCGGGGCAGGGUGCUGCAGGGCAGCGUGCCGCGGUGCCCAGCCGCCGGCAGGGGCUCGGUGCCGUUGUCUCGGGGAGUUUUAUCCAGUUCCCCGGAGCAGGGAUGGUUCCACAGGAGUUGAGGCUUGCACGUGUCAGGAGGACUGCGUGGGAUGCAGGUGGAGACCCUGGCCAGUGUAGUGGUUGUUGUCGGGUUUUUUUCCCAAUACGGCUGGGUUUUGGGUUUGGUUUCUCUCUCCCUCCCUCCCAGCAACUUCUUUCUGUUUGCUUCUCCUUGCUUGCACCCUCACAUCACCCGCUUCUUGGGCUCGCGUCACCCCACUGCACCCCAUCGCCGCGGGGCACCGGGGCGUGCAGGCAGGCGGACCAAGUCCAGGGGCCACCUUCCGUGGGGGGGAGGAGCCCCCCCUCAGCCGCCUGCGAAGGGCUUUGGAGAGGAAUCCGAGCACGGAAAGCGUGGUGUUCUGGCUCCGAAGGGCACAGAGCCGGGAGCUCCUGGCAUCGGCUCCCGGCAGCGUCCGCGCCGGAGGCAGAGCACGGUGCAGCUGCCGGCGUGCCGGGCUCACCCGCUGCCCCCUCCCCUCCGCCCGGGCCGGCAGCAGCCUGCUCUCGCUUUUUAAUAAUUUGAAGUGUACUGGAUGCAAAAAGGUUAAAAAAGAAAAAAAUUAGCUUUUUUUGCCCUUUGUGAAGAGGUUUUGGGAAGGAGGAAGCGUUUCGCCUCUCGCUCAUCCUCCAGACAAGGCCUUCUGGGGGAGAAGCCCAAUGUUGAGUUAUUUGUCCUUUUUUUUCUGUUGAAAGCUGAUGUCCCCAGGCUGUGUUUGCUUUGGUGGCCCUGGCUGGCCUCGGCUCCGUGGUGCAGGUGCUGGGAUGGGACCUGCGGGUGCCCCUGGGGCCAGGCCGGGCAGCGGGUGCCAGCUCACCCCCUGCUCGCUGCCUCCUGCCCUCUCGCCCUCAGAAAUCCCCCCAAAGCGGCCGUAAUCCCUCCUGCAGAGCCGGGUCCCGCAGGGCUCCGGGGGCAGCCGCUGCCCGUCCCCGCUCGCGGCUGCUUCGCCGCGGGGGCUGCGGCCGGGCCGGGGGGUGCCAGGCGCCCGCGGGGGUGCUGAGGCCGGGUGCCUCCAAGGGACGGGGGCAGUGACGUGGAAGCCGAGUAUGGCUUUUUUUUCCUUUUCUUUUUCAAUUAUUAUUUUUACUGUGACUUAUCGGCGUGCUUUAAUGAUAUUUACAGCUUGUUUUUGACAAGUUUGGGACUACGAACAAGUGCAAGGUGCACAGAGAGUCACUUUUGAAGGCUACUGUGGCUGUGCUCUUCUUUUCUUUCCUGCUUUGGUUCCUGAAUCCAGACAGCGCUUUUGCUCAGGGUUUUCUUCCUUCUUUGUAUUUCCAUUGGGAAAGGGGGAGGGGGGAGAGGACAACCCAACUUUUGGCCAUUUGUUUUGUUUUCUUCGAUACUUGAAGCAGGUUUUUUUUGCAUCCUAAUAACGAAGCUGUCUGGCGCUUAGCCUGUUCCACUGCUCCUUGUCCGGAGGAAAACAAGUAUCGACGGUGGGGUGGUGUCUGCCUCACGCCUUGCGCGGCUCCCGGUUUUUGGCACGGCUUGGCUCGGGCGCACCGCGAUGCGCCGGACCGGGUGCCCUGCCGGCGGCGGUGUCGGGGGCCGGUGCGGGUGGCGGCGCGAUGAGCCGGUGCGGAGGCGCGUGGUGCUGCAGGGGAGCGGGGACGAGCACGGCUGGGGGCUCUGAUUUGCACUUUACCCGCGUCAGCAAACAAAACUCACGUUCUUGCCGAAGCUCGGAGCCGGGUGCAGCUCGUCCAGCGCCGCAGGAGGAGGACAAACCUGAGCGGGGGGACCAGGGGGCUGAGCUUGGGGUGGGCGUCUUCCCCAGCCACCCCCGAGGAGAUGGAGCCGUUCGGUUCCUCGGCCCUGGGGGUGUCCCCGUCCCCCCGGGAGCGGCUGCUGGGCUGCAGCUCUUGGGCAGCUCGGCCGGGUUGGCGGGGCUCGGGGAGUCGGGUUUGGCUGAGGAUCCCCCCGACCCCCCAUCGCCUCCCCAAAAAAGUUUGGGUUUGCCAAAAGGUUGAGGCAAGCUGGGAGCGGAUCCGGGAGAUCGGAGGUCGUCCCUUCUGUGUGUGUCUGUGUGCAUAUAUCUGCCUAUCUAUAUAUUUUAAAGAUACUGCAAAGGAUUCCUCCUCCUCUUUGGCACCUGCUGGGGUUUGGCGAGCAGGCCGAGCCCUCCAGCCGGGGUUCGCAGGUGGCUGUAGGUAUUAAUUCUGGACCAAACCCGCGCCCAGAGAGACGGCCCCGGCCGGCGGGGCCACCCCGGGGGGGGCAGCAGCAGAAGUACUUGAAUGGCUUAGGACAGAGAGUCUGAAGAGAGUCAAGUUGCACAGUGAAAAUAUAUAUUUUUAUACCUAGCACAACUUCCUGUAUAUUUUUGGGGUUUUUUUCUUUCUUUUUUUUUUCCUUUUUUUUUUUUUUUUCUUGAUUUGGGUUUGUUUAUUUUAAUAAUUAUUAUUAUUAGGAAGGCAAACUUCUAAAAUGUGAAGGGUGUUGGGUUUUUUUCCUUAUCUGGUAGAUGAGGGCAAGCAUUUUGCACUAAUGUUUCCUGUGUGUGGAGGAUUAAUGAUAUGUUUGAAAAUGUUAUAUGGUAAUGAUUGUAUUCCUCUGGAAAAAAAAAAAAAAAACACAAAAAAAAAGUAACCCCUUUAAAAUACUGAAUGUAAGGUGAGAACAGAGCAGUCCAUCGAUUGUAUGCGGCUUUCCUGAGUGCCUUAGAAUUUUUUGAUCAUUUUUUUCCAAGGGAAACAGAUUAAGAAGAUCAGAUCAUAACCGACUCCUUCCUCCUCUUUGUUUACGACACUAUUUUAAAUUAUAGAAUUUGGGGCUGCUUUAUAAUGUGAAUAGGAAUCUGCAUUCAUCUAGGUCUGAUAGUGUAAAAUCAAAGCAUCAGUAUUUAUGGUAUGUCUGCACCUUUAUUCUUAUGCUUGACUAUUAGCAAUAUUACAUGUAUAUUAUAUAUCUAAAGUUAUACCAAGCACCUUUAAAGAAAAACGGAGUGUAAGCAUACAAGUUACCUGCAGCUGCCAUAUAGUGUAGAAGCCAGCCCUUCUCCUCCUCGUCAGCGCCAGUUCACGCCACCAUCCCGAGGGCUGGGGCUUUGCGGAGGGGCCGCACGACCUUCUGCCGCCCCGCGGGCCCGCGUCUCGGCGUCCUGCGGGUCCAGCUUUGGCCGGGGGGUCGCGGCCACCCACCCCCCGCCGCCGGUGUCCCACGGGCCGGGGACGUUCCCGCGCCGGUUUGGUGGCGGUGACGCCGGCGCGGGCAGGAGCUCCGUGGAGGGGGGCUCGGGAGAAGGGGCGAUGCCGGCGUUGCCGCCUCGCCAGCAGAAGAUGGGGAGCGGGUCCUUUUUGCCACCUUGAUGGUUUAAUUCUUCUAACUGUGGUUUCGCCCUAGAAAUUCCCCCCGGGGGGACCAAGGGGGUGCGGGGCUGGUGGCGGGGAGCACCGGGGCUCCCCUCCUCCGGCCAGGCGAGGGGCUCGACCCAACGCAGCCCCCCAAAACUGGAAUCGCCCAUGGCUUAACCGGCGUUUGAGGGAGCGGGGCAUCCUAGCCGUGGUGUUACGCAGCGGGCUGCCGCCUCCCCUCAGCCCUUUGCCACCAGGGUUUUGCUCAGAUCACUUGUUUUUUCUGGAAAUCGCUCGCCGCAAACGGAGAAGGGCCACCGGGAAAGCGGGGGGAGCCCCGGCCGCCCCCCCGGCAGAAAAUCCCCCCCACCACAUUACCAAUCCGCAGCCUUCUUGGGCUUCAACUGCUGUUCAAAGUGUUCCUGCUGUCUGAAUCGGUCGUGCUGUCAGCAAGCGAGCCCCGAGCGCGCGGGGUGGGGGGGAGGCGAGCGGGGAGCUCCCCAGCCCCGCUCGCCCCGGGGGGGGCCGGCAUCUAACGCACUCACAUUGGAAACCCCUCAACUCCUCCGAUGAGGUUCUUCCACUGUUAAGCGUUUUGCACACAAAAUUGAGAUUUUUAUGUCAAGGUAAAAGCCAAAACUUGCAAUACUAUUUUUAACAGACAAAAAAAAAAAAAUAAUAAUAAAUAAAUAAAUAAAUAAAUAAAAAACAACUGAAUAUAAAUGUAUAAAUAUUUUUGACUUGAACAUUUGGAUGGCACUUGAUUCAAAUAGAACAUUAAUCCUUUGGACAGAAUGUUUGGGAAAAAAAGGACUUAAAGUACAAGGUUGUUUUUAAAGUGUCUUCAUAGGGUAUUAAGUAGUACUGUAAUUCAUGACUGUUAAAAAUACUUUCUGUGCUGUAAGGAAAUCUCACAGUACCACUGAAUUAUGUUCCUCAGCUGUCUCAGCCACGAACGAUGCUAGCUUCUUUAUUUUAUUUUUUUUUUUAUCGUGCAUUAUUCACUAGUAUUUAUGUGCUCUUACUCUGUAUAGUUAAGACUGUUAUUUUGUAGCCAUGGCUGACACGAUAUAUCAGUAACUAAAAAAAAAACAACAAAACAACAAAAAAAAGAGAAAAGAUUAAGACCCCCGAGUUGGAACUGUGCUCAUAGCUGUUUUCAUAUGAUGAAAAAUCCAUUUAAAAAAAAAACAAACCACCCCAAUGUGAUCAUUAAUUGUAAAACGCUUUGUAAAAUUCACAUUUACAAAAUAAUAAAGUAAAUUAAAAGCU